AUGGCAACUAUUUCUUAUGCAUCAAAUCAAAUUUGUUUAUGGUGUAGUCAACCAUUGAUUCAUUUACAACAAACAAAAAUUUGUGAAAAACAUAUUAUUUGUGAUAAAUGUACGAUUAAAAAUCGAACUUGUCAAUCAUCCUGUCCCUGUUGUUGGUAUGAUAAUGGAACAAAUUAUAUAUCUACAUAUAAUUUAUGUCCUGUUUGUUGUAAUAGUUUAAAAUCUAAUGGUAAUCCACCUGUUUGUCAUCAAAAUCAUAAGCAUUGUCCGCAAUGUUCACCCUCAGGAUGUUAUUUAUGUAAUUUCCUUGCAUUACGCUCAUGGAUCAAUAGUACAUUUGAAAAUCUUCCAAAUGAUUUACAACCUAUUGUAAUGGUAUGUCAUAAUUUGGAAAAGAUGUUUGAAGAUGUACAACAGUCAAAUGUGAAUAAUUCUAAUGCAUUGUAUAAUAGACAAGACUCAUCAAACAUGGAUUCUGAUGAUAAUUUAAUGACAACAGAAAAUUCUAAUUUAUCAAAAUCAAAUUCUCAAAAUACAACGAAUAAUAAUUGUGUCAUAUGUAUGGAUAAUAUGGAUACAACAAGUGUUACACUUCCUUCGUGCAAUCAUUCUUUUCAUAGAGAUUGUAUAGAACAAUGGUUUCAAUCAAGUGGAAAACAAAGUUGUCCAACUUGUGGCCAUCUUUAUGGAAUCAGUAAAGGUCCUCAACCUUCCCAUGGGCAAAUGACAAUUAAAUAUAUAACAACACCUUUACCUGGAUUUACUACUGAAAAUUAUGGACCAAAUGAAGCACCUACUAUUGAAAUAAUUUAUACAAUUCCAUCUGGUAUUCAAGGCCCUUUAAAUCCAUUUCCGGGUCAACCUUACCAAGGAACAGUUCGUCGUGCUUAUUUACCAAAUAAUCAAGAGGGAAAACAAGUGUUAGCUUUAUUACAAAGAGCUUUUAAUGAUCAACAUGUAUUUACCAUUGGUAAAUCAUCAACAACAGGACAAGAUAAUGUUGUUACCUGGAAUGAUAUCCAUCAUAAAACAAGUAUUAGUGGAGGACCUGAUCAAUUUGGUUAUCCCGAUCCAACUUAUUUAUUACGUGUUCGUCAAGAACUUGCAGAUAAAGGUUACAAGUAA